UUGUCCCAGCUGGCGCUCCGUAACGUGAGAGGCGUUCACAGGACUGUUGUGGUGAAAAGAAGCUUUUUCUCACGACAGCAGCCCGUGUGAUAUAUUUCCUUUCAACAACAGUGAACAUAGCAGAGCAGGAGCGGGUGGCAGCGGGAGGAGAGACUCGUGCAGACCGAAGAAGCGGCAGUGUCUGGUGACCCCAGGUGACCCCAGGUGACCCCAGGUGAUCCCAGGUGACCCCAGGUGACCCCAGGUGUCUGCAGACAGGAUGAGCUCUAAAGGGGGCGGCACCGCUCUGACACGCCGCAACUACAGACUGGCUUCAGACACAGACAAACCCAAAGCCACAGGUAUCGUGAAUGAGAAGUUGCUGAGCGACUACCUGCACCAUGUGUUUCCUUCCACCAAACAGGGACCUGCUCUGGCCUCCCUCAGGAAGCCUCUUGGUUUCCAGGAUCUUGGUACUCACCUGGAGAGAUUGUUGUCUGAAGGAGAACCCACUGAGGACAUCAGAGAUCAGCCUGUCGAAGGCCGUCUGGGCCCCCAGCCGGUCGUCCUGGAUCACACCAGCGGCUUCGAAGGACUUCUGUUUGUAGAUGACGACCUGCUCGGGAGACAAUCUGCUGAUCUGCAGACUUCAACUGAGUAUGAAUGUUUGGGUCGGUCGCUGUCGACAGUCUAA